AUGCAUCUCGUCGCCAGGAUCGACCGGGAUUUCCUCCACGGAGGGAAUUUCUGGUCACACAAGAACCCAGUCUUUUCUAUCGAGAUCCCCUUCUUCUGGCGCAGACGCCCGCGCCUGUCUCUGGGAGAUCUGCCUGUCGAGAUCUUUGCCACCAUCUGCCGCAAUCUGUGCGCCCACUGCCAGCGUCAGCACGUUGUCGAUCUCCCCCCUGACGAGAUCGGGUGCGCCCUCGAGGCUCAGCAGGCUCUGUCGCGCCUGAGCCGCACGUGUCGCCGCUUCCGCAACGUUGCUCAACCUAUUCUCUUUCACUGCUACCACUCGGGGAGACAGCCUGAUCUGUCGACAAGUCCCGACUGGUGGGGUGAUACCGAGGCUAGGAGGCGUGAGAUUGAGACUCUCGAGACCUUUCUGCGCACACUCCUAGAGAGGCCGGACUUGGCCAAGGAAGUUCGUGCUCUAGCCUUCUUUGCGCUUAGAGAAGUACAGGCUCGCGAGGUGUCACCCGAGACACAAGCUCUCUUCCGACAAGCAGGCGAACGUGCUGGCUUUCGGGCCCUGCCUUCGUAUGACCAUGUCGAACCCAAGUGGUUACAAGAGGCCGCCAUCAUGGCUGCGCCCUUCCUUGAGCAACUACUCAUCUACCGGUCAUCAUCAGAGGGCUUACAGUACUUGAGAGACUCACCCUUUUAUCUGCCCAACCUCAAGUAUUUGGUGUUGCCUGGCCAGGGCAAAUACCCCGACGAGUGCUGUCACAUCCAACAGAUGCAAGAUGUCCUGGCCAAGGCGCAGAACCUCGAGGUGUUGGCAGCCAUCGAUGCUGACUGUGGAACUGAUAUCCCCCUCCGUGAGCGCUUCCGCACAGAGCCAUGGGAUACAGCCCUAUCAAGUCUCCGUCGCCUAUCAUUACACGGCCUAGAUCCCGACAACUUGGCCAAGAUCCUCCGCCGUAGUCCUGUCCUAGAAGAUCUAGAGUACUUUUGCGACAUGGACAAGUACACCGUGCUUCAGCACGAUCACCUCAGCCCCGUUCGUCAGUCAUUACGGCGACUAUGUUACACCAGCACAACAUGGGAGCACACAAGCGGCGGCGCCGAUGACAUGAUAGAGCAAAUAUCAAUGUUUCUGCGCUGGGACACGUCUCUCCGCGCUGACUUUAGCUUUGUCGAUUUUCCGCGCCUUGAGAUUCUCGAGGUUGAGCAGCUUCUUCUCUACGGACCUGUGUUUGAUGAUGAGGAGCGGUGGCAGCGGUUUGAUGGCAUGAAGGAGAUUGGUCCUGAGAUCUUUAUGGCCAGUUUGCCCUCGUCAUUACGCAUCUUGCACAUCGGCAUGGUACUCGCCUGGCCAGAGCUCCACCGCGAUCUACUAGGCAUGACAGAGAAGCUAUACCGGUUCCAAAACCUGAGCAUCGUGGCCGUAGACCCCUACGAAGAGCCUCCCUCCGAACAAGGUAUCGUGUUUCGGAUAGGACAGACAACGCAGGUGCCCUUUGGGAGGGGCAUGCUUGGCGUGAGGCCGGGCCACCCUGAGCCUCUCGGGGGUCAGGAUCUGCGGUUUCCCCUGGAUCAUAGGAAUCCGGGGCAUUGGGACUUUUUGGAUUGGUAG